AUGGCCAGCCAGCCCCCCGAAGACACCGUGGAGUCGCAGGGCUCCGACGAGCUCGAGUGCAAGAUCUGCUACAGCCGGUACAACCUGAGGCAGAGGAAGCCCAAAGUGCUGGGCUGCUGUCACCGGGUCUGUGCCAAAUGCCUCUACAAGAUCAUAGACUUUGGGGACUCCCCGCAAGGCGUCAUCGUCUGCCCUUUCUGCAGGUUCGAGACGUGCCUGCCCGAUGACGAGGUCAGCAGCCUGCCUGACGACAACAACAUCCUCGUCAACUUGACUUGUGGCGGCAAAGGGAAGAAGUGCCUGCCGGAGAACCCCACCGAGCUGCUGCUGACCCCCAAGAGGCUGGCCUCCCUGGUCAGCCCUUCCCACACGCCUUCCAACUGCCUGGUGAUCACCAUCAUGGAGGUGCAGAGGGAAAGCGCCACGUCCCUGAGCGCCAGCCCCGUGGUGGAAUUCUACAGGCCAGCGAGUUUCGACUCUGUCACCACCGUGUCCCACAACUGGACUGUGUGGAACUGCACGUCCCUGCUGUUUCAGACGUCCAUCCGGGUGUUGGUGUGGUUGCUGGGCUUGCUCUACUUCAGCUCCCUGCCCUUAGGGAUCUACUUACUGGUGUCCAAGAAAGUCACCCUUGGGGUCGUCUUUGUCAGCCUGGUCCCUUCGAGCCUUGUCAUCCUCAUGGUGUACGGCUUUUGCCAGUGCGUUUGUCACGAGUUUCUGGACUGUAUGUCACUUCCCUCGUAA